CAGCCCUCGUAUUUACAGACUGCAGAGGGAUAGAGUUGGUAGAACAGAAUUCGCCUUUAAUCGAUUUGACAGCUAAUGCAAUGAACAGGAGUUUGAUCGGUUCUCUCUACACUAUUUCUACAUAUUAUGAAACGCUACAAUGGCAAUGGUGGAUCUCUUGCAUACUUCACGUUAUUCAAGCUGGCUACUAUCCUGUUCUGGCUCUCGUUGGAGUUCCAAGUAACCUACUGACUAUUGUCAUCCUAUCCCGGAACAACUGGGGUCUCUCCAAGAGUGUGACAUGCUAUCUCCUGGCCAUGGCAGUGGCAGAUCUGUUGGUAAUUGUCUUCGACCUGAUAUUGAGACACAUUCCAAUUGUUUACAAGGAGCAUUUCCGUUUCCUGUACUAUGUACCCACGUGCAACAUUCACGCAAUCCUGCUUUAUGCAUCCACUGACUGUUCUGUCUGGUUCACUGUCACUUUCACUUUUGAUCGCUUUGUGGCAAUUUCUUCCCAGACACUGAAAAGUAAAUAUUGCACCAGGAAAACUGCAGCAGUGGUUCUGGGAACAGUGUCUCUGCUGAGCUUUUCAAAGAAUAUCACCCAAUAUUUCAUGUUAACAGGUAGAUACAUUUUAGUGAACGCUCCAUGGUUUUGUGGUGUAUCAUUUGCUGUUCAGUAUUCUCUUGUUUGGAUGACAGUCGAUAUUCUCAAUUACGUUCUCACACCCUGCGCCCCAUUUGUCCUAAUUCUGCUGCUCAACGUUAUGACGGUGAGACAGAUUUUAAUGACAAGCAAAGUACGCAAGAGACUUCGAGCUCACAAAAAUGUGGAAAAUGCAGAAGACUCAGAGUUAGACAACCGGAGGAAAUCUAUCAUUUUACUGCUGCUUAUAUCAGUGAACUUCAUACUGUUAUGGGCAGUAUUAAUUACAUUUUCUAUGUGGAGACGUGUGUGUUUCCUUUUGAAUCUGAUUGUCACUCAUGAGUACUUUAUCCAGGAUUUGGGCUUCAUGCUUCAGCUCCUCAGUUGUUGCACAAAUACUUAUAUUUAUGCUGUGACACAGACAAAGUUCAGAGAAGCGUUGAGGAAACUUCUUUCACAUUUAUUUUUCCCAUUUAUUAAACACAUUAAAUCGAGCGAAUAACAGAAUUACUGAAAAAUAAAGUGUCUCUGCGAUUGUUUUGCCUUUAUUGCCUAAUCUGCUUCUGGAGUGAGUGGCAUUUAGGCGUGCAAUUCUGAUGUCAUGGCAAGCAAUGCUAUGGACCAAGUGGUGGAAAAUGUGAUUACAUGUUUGUUUGGCUGUUUUCGCUGAGCGUGGAUACGAUAGGCUGAAAGAUAUCUUUCUGUGCUGUAGGUACAUAUGGCUCUUGUUAGAGAGACAGGGUGGUAUUUGUUCUGAACGGAGACUGAGGAAAUUUUUAAAUCACUGAGCCCUUGUUUCCAGUCC